CCGCAAACUCUAAGAUAGGCAUUCUUACCCACUGUUGGUUUCUUUCUUUCUCUCUUUCAAUUCAGGGGUGAAGAUGGCUACCAAUGACAGUGAAGACAUAAAGAUCAAUAUUAAGAUAAGGGAUUCCCAGCGCACAAUGCGAAUAUAUAAAGGAGCUCCAGUUCUUUAUUUGAAGCAACAAAUUGCUGUGUUUACUGGCGUUUCCUCAAAUAGACAACAACUUAUCUUCCGGAGAAGAGAUUUGAGAAACUAUAAACGUCUUUCAGAUUACAAUGUGGAAGAUGGUGACACUCUACAUCUGAUUAAUUUAGAUGAUGGAUCAAGUUCUUAUAUAUCUGAACCGAUUGUGCGUUCUUUAUCUCGACGAGGCGGUCUAGUUCUUCAAAGAGAAAAUGAGGAGGAUGAUUUUGAUCCUCGUUAUUAUGUGCCAGUGCCAAAUACUGCUAGACUCAGUGGAGGAGGUCCUCGAUUUACAAUACCACCACUUCAAGAUUCUUCAGAAGAGGACCAAACCCCAAUUGCUAGUCCUGUUCGAGAGCAUCCAGAGCAGCCAAACCCCAAACGCCAAAAGAAUCACUGAGACUCACUUUGCAGCAUUUGAUUUGACUGAGCCCUUUGUGGAUGAUUUUGGAUGUUAGUUGAAUAAUAGUUUGUUGUGAUUUUUGGGAUGGAUGGAUAAGAGAGAUGUUGGAAUUGAAGGAUGUAUGUAGACAAUGAUUUUAAUUUGAAGGAGAAACAUUAUAAGUGCAAGUAUAAAUAGCUUUGUCAUAUCUUUGUUAC